AUGCCACAACAGAGCUCUCUCACCUGCACCAGUUUUCUCACUUCUGCGUUACCUCACAGCCAUUCGCCUGAUACUGAGUGUGUACUUGAUGUCCAAGACUCUUCAGCAUGGCACGGCACGAGUUGUGAAGCUGGAAAUUGGGGUGGAUUUAUCAGCAAUUGUUGCGAGCAGCUUUCGAUGAUUACUUAUGCACCUUGGGGGACAGGGCAGCUCUUCUUAAACUCGACAGAGCAGACAAACUGCUUAAUUUCAAUGAAGGGUAUAAAAGAUGAUGUUUUGAGUUGUGGCAUUGACAAGAUAACAAGUGGAGCCGGCGGAUGCUCUGACUACACGAAAGAUCAGGCUCGUAGUGCAUGUCUGAGAAGGUGGGAAGAGAUUGUAGCAUUGACGGAAAAUGAGGAGUCAUCAAAACUUGAAGCUGAUAUGUGUAGCUUUGCAGUUUUGGUCAAUUCUGUGGAUUCUAUGUCGUGGUCCAGCAGGAAUUGCAGCAAUAUUACUCAUUGCAACAUGGACCUUAUGAGAUUUUCAGCACGAAAAGAUGCAUCAGAUGAUUUACUGUCUGAAGAAUCUGGCAGCCUUAAGAUAUCAAGCAAGGAAAUCUAUUCAGCGACCGACAAUCUAAGUGCAGACAACUUCAUUGACCAAGGAAGAGCUGGUAAGGUAUACAAAGGCAUACUAUCAAAUGGUAAGCAUGUUGCAAUGAAGCACAUAAUCAACAAUGGCUCUGUCGAGACAUUCAUCUGCGAAGUAACGAGCCUUCCCGAUGUUAGACAUCCAAACCUUGUAGCUUGUGAGGGUGUAGAAGAAUAUUUCCUGGUUUAUGAACUGUGCCAAAAUGGGGACCUUUCGGAGUGGCUAUUUGGUAAAGAUAAAAGUCUGCCAUGGAUAACUAGACUAGAACUUGCCAUUGACAGUGCUGGAGGUCUGUGGCUUCUGCAAACUUAUCCGAGAGGCUGCAUUGUUCUCCGUGAUAUCAAGGCAAGGUCCCUCAAGAAAGGCGGUGAUGCAACGGAAUUUGCAGAUCCCAAACUUAACGGGGAGUACUCGGUGGAAGCUUUAGACCUUGCGUUCAACCUAGCUUUGUCAUGCACAGGACUAAAGCUGCAAAGGCCAAGCAUGGACCAAGUGAGUUUUGCAAUACAGAGCAAUACAACAAUGAUUUUGUACAAAAAAGCUUCAUUGGGGAAGCUGAUCACAUAUACUGAUAUAGUCAUUAGCUCUUAA